AUAUAGUAAUUCAUCCCAUAUAGUAAUUCAUCCCCCAUAUAGUAAUUCAUCCCAUAUAGUAAUUCAUCCCCCAUAUAGUAAUUCAUUCCCCAUAUAAUGCACUUUUUUUUCCCCCCCAAAAAAAAGGGGGGAAAAUGUCAGUGCGUCUUAUGGAGCGAAUAUAAAGCGGCCGGUCCGGUAUUUUUGCAGCCACCAUGUCAGAAUACCGGGCCGGCCGCUCAGCUGUUCUCUCCUGCAGGGCCUUACCUGUUCCUCGCUCCAUCUCUGGUCAUCCCCUGCACUGUCUGCAGUCUCUGGUCAUCCCCUGUACUGUCUGCAGUCUCUGGUCAUCCCCUGUACUGUCUGCAGUCUCUGUCUCUGGUCAUCCCCUGCACUGUGUCCGCAGUCUCUGGUCAUCCCCUGCACUGUGUCUGCAGUCUCUGGUCAUCCCCUGUACUGUGCCCGCAGUCUCUGGUCAUCUCCUGUACUGUGUCCGCAGUCUCUGGUCAUUCCCUGCACUGUCUGCAGUCUCUGCAGUCUCUGGUCAUCUCCUGUACUGUGUCCGCAGUCUCUGGUCAUCUCCUGUACUGUGUCCGCAGUCUCUGGUCAUCUCCUGUACUGUGUCCGCAGUCUCUGGUCAUCUCUUGUACUGUGUCCGCAUUCUCUGGUCAUCUCCUGUACUGUGUCCGCAGUCUCUGGUCAUCUCCUGUACUGUGUCCGCAGUCUCUGGUCAUCUCCUGUACUGUGUCCGCAGUCUCUGGUCAUCUCCUGUAUUAUGUCCGCAGUCUCUGGUCAUCCCCUGUACUGUGUCUGCAGUCUCUGGUCAUCCCCUGUACUGUGUCUGCAGUCUCUGGUCAUCCCCUGUACUGUGUCUGCAGUCUCUGG